AUAAUCCAAGAUGGCGGCAAUUACGACGGACAGUGAGAAACAUUUCUCCAAUAUUUUUCGUUUUCUCUCACAAAGUCAAGCUAGCUAAUGCAAGAAAAGAAAGCAGCGAUGGAGAAAGAAAGUAUCGAUAGCAAUGGAAUUCCCGAGAAAGGCGAUUCUGGCCCUAAACUGCGAGGAUCGGCAGAAAAUACGGUAUGCGUAUCGACGUACUAAGGGUCAAUAAGCCAGAAUAAGCUUAACUUCCCUUCGCGAACAAAAGACCUUUUUCGUCUUUCACUUUCUUUCGUCGACUGCUCUAGUUGGCAUUUUUGUUGAACUUUAUGCGUGCUUAUUUCUGUGUAUAGAAAUGUGUAGUAAAGAGUUAAAAAGGCAUGGUAAAAAUUAAAACUGAUCUAUAUAAAAGCUUACCAAGAAUAUGUGUUUGUUAGAUUCACUGUACACCGCUGAUUUGAUGGUAUUGGUACUUUUGUAUUUGUAUUUUUAUGCCAGAAAUCCAAGACAGGAGAGGUCAGUUCAAAAGCGAUUGUUAAGUACUCGGCCCAAGAAAUCUUGCCUUACUACAAAUUACAACAGGUGACUACGUCUAAUUUCCUGCAUGUAGUUUGUAAUGUGUGAGAAGAAAAAGGGUGCAAUCUUUUUGAAAGAGUUGAAGAUAAAAUUGUAAUGCAAGGAUUCUUUACAUUCAUCUUGAUGGAUGACACAAAAAUUCUGGCAGGGAUAUUUUGCUGAAUGGCUGUUGAAAAUUAUGCCAUACAGUUUUGUAUAUAGCUGUAACUCUGAAGUUUUGUGAUGAAGGUUUGGAAACUGAGUGAAUCAAGUUCCAGUUUCCUUAAUUAUUUGGGUCAUUAAACUAGUUGAACUGACUUUGAACUUCAUUAACUCAUUUUCCUAAUCUUGUCUCUAAACUUCAUGGUCACUCAGCAUUGGGUGAUUGAUUUACUCCAGCUGCAAAAACCUCCAAGAAUGGAUUCUUUAGCAUGACCUGACAGCAAUAAUUAUUGAUGUGACAUGGUAAGAACAUGGCUGGCAUUAAAAAAAGAUCACAAAUCAUGAAAAUAAAUUUAAAUUUAAUCCAAUAAUUUUAAUUGUUGAUUAAAAUCACUUUCACUUGUACUGUGAAUUCUAAAUAUGGAAUCAUUCUCCAUUAGAAAUGCCAGAGCUGCUUUGUUUUCAAGAAUCCAGAAUUGGAUUUCCCCAAGGAAUUCAUCCCAAGUGUGUUAUUAACACUGUUUUAAUUAACACUAUAGCAAAAUUCUCAAAUCUUAUCGGUUAUCAAAUGUCCCGAUAUCAGCACUAAUAGGACGGUAUGCAUCAUGCCUAAAAUUAUUAGACAGUGUGCACCAUAGCAUGCACGCACUUGAAUGGGUUUUUACUUUUAUUUUUAGCAAAAAACUCUUGGAAUACCCUAUGCUUUAAUUUUAGAAAAGUUAAAAUAUAUUAAAUUUUGUUAUAGUUAUGAUUAAUUGGUAACAGGACUUCAUGUCAUCUUAAAUUUGGUCUGUUAUCAUACUCGUGAUUGAAUUGGACUCCCAUCCCUAGUGCUGUCUGUUAACAGACUGAAUUGGACUACAUUCAGUCCUAGUUGACUUUGUUAAUAGCUUAAAAAAACCUGGAAUUAGAUUCUAAACAGUAAAACUGUAUAAUAUAUUGGCUUGUGUUGCUUUCAUGUGUAGGACACCAACUUGAAUGUUGCCCCUUCUAACUGGCUGAGAGAUGGAAGGUUUUCAGAAGUUGAUCACCACAGACGAGACCCUGUUGAAUUCUCAAGGUUUGUACAUGUAAUAAUAAUAGCAACCUUAUGCUAUAGGACAGUAGAGAGAGAGAGAGAGAGAGAGAGAGGAAAGGAGACGCAACCCCAUGUGACUAACAUGACUGUAAUAUGUUUUUAAAAAAUUCUACAAAAUUUCACUUUCCUUUAAACUUGACUCUUUGUAAAAGACCAGAAAACUCACAUCUCCAGUCAUCCACAGUGAUUUUGGAUUUGACGUCACCUGUCAAGCUUGUGAGAAAAAUUCACGAGGAAUUGUGCUUUGUUCCAAACCUCCUCUGCUCACUUGGAUAAUCAAAGUGGCCUGGGGAAGAGGCUGCAAAACACAGGAAUGUUAAGUUUUUAAUAAGAUCAAGACAAAACACGGAAGUAAUAGCCCUGUUGUGUUUGUCAUACACAAAUGUUUAGCUAUCCUGAACUGUGUAAGCUCACUAAAUAUCAGCAAUCAUUCAAUUUUCAAGUAAUUUUGCAUAUUUUUUAAAUGGGGUGAAUGGAUAAUGUAAAUUACAGUCAAACCAAUAGCCGGUAUUCCAGGCACCGGGUUUUUUUAGGGGGAAGGAAGAAGUCUUGUGUCGAGGACACACAAGGGUAGAGAAGGAGAGGGGGUGCCUGCUGCGGAGAGCCUGGUUUUCCAUUUACUUACACCACCCCCUCCCCCCCAAUUUAAUUAAUAUGUGACCACGGGCUGCAUCAACCUAUAAAAGAAGAAAUGACAUGAAACCAACCCAUCCGAUGUAAUUUUAAAUUCAGAGCAAACAGGACUCCAACCCUAAUCCUAACAUGCUUACCUAUAAAGUCCCAUCCAAGCUUUGUCAAUAAAAAAUGCUGCUAUAUUCUUGUUAAUCAGUGAUGGCGAUUUCAAUGAAAUUCAUCAAUCUUUUGUCCUGUCUCUGCUUCAGCUGACGCGUACGAUGUUAUCCCUUCCUUGCUGUAUUUUUUUUAAACAGUCCAGGUUUCCUUUCAAGCCACAUGCUUGCAUGCCCAUAGAAGAAACCUCGGCUGCUUGAAAAUAAUGACAAUGCUUGUGAAGACUGUUCCAGUCUUUGCAUCUCAAUACAAAUAACUGGAAAAAUAAACUUUCUUGGAACCUGGCUUGUGAUACUGCUUAGAGAUCUCCAAAAAAAUAAAUGGUGCAAUUUAAUGUUUUUCGAAAAUUAAAAUCUAAAUUGAACAUCUCUUUGGAUAAGCUCUUUAAAAAAACUCAGCUAUUGUCAUGUGGCACAUGUGUUUUGUUUACAAGAAGACUUGAAUUUCCAUUGAGUGACAAAGUAAUUUGCAUUGAGGUGAUAGACUAACUCCCAAAAGGUGUUCUUAGCCUUUGGCAUUCUACGCUUCAUCAGAGAACAUGAUUAUUAGGAAACUGAAAACUUAUAGGAUCUUCGUUACUGGUGCAUCCUCUCCCCUGUGUGUGUUCCCCUCGCAUAGCCUGUUGAAAGGCUAUCAAACUGGCAAAACCAUGAAUACUUGAAAUAUUUCAAGAAUGUUUAUUGUGUUGCAACCAAUCACAGCAAAGAUCAGUACACAGGAACUAGCCACAAAACCACAAUGUAUAAGUAUAUAAGUUCUUGGUUGCAGGUUUAAUUUCUCAUGCCUGAUUGGCCUUAUUUUUUGCAUCACAAUAUAUUCCAGAAAUAUUUUCUGGUGUUCAUGGUUUUCUCGGUUAGACUGUGGUAUCCUAUCUAUUUGAGCAGAUGAAUUUUCUCUCCAGAACCCUCGUACUAUCAUCAUAAAAUGAUUACAUGUACCUAUUUCUUUUGUAAUAGUAAUAUUUCCCUUUUUUCACUUUUCAGUUUUGGCAUGGCGCACAGUUUUGUUGAUUCCAUUAGUGAUGUUGAUGUGAUUUCAGAUGCUGAGGUAAGUAAGCUCACCUUUUUUAUUCCAUUGAUUCUUUACUAAUAUCAUGUAUUCAAAUGUACCAGUACCAGAAUACAGUUGGUGAAAUUGCUUGUAUUUCUGGUGAACUCGGUAGUUGGGAUGACAACAAAAUAUUUCAGCAUGCCAAACUUAAUACAGUAAAAACCUGCAUAUAAGAACCUAGUCCAGAUUAAAAACUUCCAGGCAGAAAUUGGCCUUUUUAAUACCCAAAAUUACAAGAUCCUGUUUAGCCAAGCAAGAUCAAGCAGGUUCUUACAAAUGUGGGUUAUGGUUAAAUUAUGUCAAACAAUUUCACCAAGGAUUGUAAUUUGAAGAUUGUAGAUUUAAGUGUAACAAGAACAUAUAGCUGUACUGUAUCAAAUUGUAAUAUUACAAAUAAAAGUAUUGCAGAAAUACUGUAUAUUUAUUAGGACCAAACCCAAGUGUAUUUAUUUUUCUGGUUGUCAACGAGUAUAUCUCCUUCUCAGAAAUCAAGAACCGUAUUAAACCUACUAAGCCUAAAUUGCCAAUAAGUACCCCAAGAACCUACUUUGCCAGACUUCAAAAAAAUAGCCUGUUCUUAAAAAUUAUGCGGAUUUUUACUGAAUAUUUUGCUGUUAGUCAUUUUUUUCUUCCAAAACAGUAUUUAAUGUAAUUCCCUUGAAAAGGAUGUACUAGCAGUUAUUUUUCAAACUUGGCACAAAUUAUGGUCAGCAAUAUAUUAUUAUGGGACAUUCAAAAACUGCAAUAAAAAGAUGGGACCACUGCGCUUAUUUUCAACCUGUGUGCCUGUACAUGUAAUUCUGAGUGUUUUUUCACAGUUGUGUGCGAAAUGUUUCGAAACUUAAACAAACUUCAAAAAUUCCUGUGAUAUAGCAAAAACCAUGAAUGUUUGUUUCUCUGGGCUUUAAUUUUUGAGCAAAAUGGCUCUUGAAAAAACAGAGAGAAAUGGACAGCUUAGACUUUACCUCAUACUUCUUUGUGGCUCUAAAUACAGAAUUUCACAUCAUUCAUAUCUAAAAAAUUACAACUUCUACUAUCCAGAUUUUUUUCUUCUUUAGAUAUUAUUAUUUUUUGUGUAACCAUAAUGAGUAAAAAACAAAUUAAUAAAAAAGGGGAAGGGGGGGGUCACUGUUCUCAUGUAAUUGCAAAAAGACAACUAAGGGACCAUUUUAUUUUCAAAUGAGCAUUUUGCACCAAGGGACUAGGGUGAGUUUCAAGACAAACAACCUUUAAGCAGGGAAAAGUUAUCACAAUGGUUAUUAAAACCAUUUGGACUACAAAAGGGACCAUCAUUGAACAAGAGGGGUUGGUCGACUGUAGUUGGUUUAUAAGCAUCAGAAAUGCCUGUAUUGUUAACUUCAUAAUUUUUUUUCCAACUCAGAAUAUCAAGAAAUUGCUCAAGAUUCCUUACAGGUAUAUUAUUCCGCUUAUUGCUUCUGUCUACAGAUAAAGAUAUGGUCCAUUUUGACCUUAUACAUUUGUAGUUGGUCAGUAACACAUGUUUAAACAACUAGUUUGAUGUCAAGUAUGCAGAUGUCAUACACAUGUAUAUUGCAUUAAAAUAAUACCUUGGAUGUCCUAGUGUGAUAUACUGUAUUCUAAUCAUUUGACGGUCCAAAAAAUGUAUCAUGUUCUACUUCUGCAAAAGACUCACUUGGAAGUUUUCCCCUGUCAUUUUAUUAUUAAUAGUGCCAAUACUGAAGUGAGCUUAGCUGUUCAUAGAGUGGGACAAACAUUGUUACUGGAUUGUCUGGAUGUUCCAGCUCUCAUAUCUUAUGCUUCUCAGGUUGGUUUACCUGGCUGCUUUUAAGCCCCCUUCUUUAUAAGUCCUCCAGUUAUAUAAGGUCCAUCUACCUCAGUGAUUUUUUCACCUAUGGGUCCUGCGUCCCUGAUGUCCCUUUUUAAAAAAAUGCCAAAGACGCAAAAUAAUUCAUUGCAUGCGUCCCGUGGGAUGCAAAGAUUGAUCAGUCUGAAGAUGUUUAUGUUCAAUAUCCUGUUUGUUUGAUUUCUGUGGCUUUUCUUUUGGCUGUUGUUUAACGCGGUAUAUUUCUUUUAGUCUUUGUUGGACUUUACGAUAGAAGGGGUUUUUUGUUCUACAGUAAUUUGUAAUACAGAGUUUUGGAGUUUGUCUUCAGAUUAAUUGUCUGCAUGGUUACAUAAAGGCCCCCAAAAAAUUCAGUUUCGGACUCAUUGUUUUUUGAACUGGGACUCAAUGGUUCUGGACAAGGACUCAUGAUUUUUUGCAGGACUCCCCAUGACUGUUUGUAACAAAAUCACUGCUACCAGGAGUACAGCUUUAACCCCUGCUGUAGCUCCAAUUAUAAGUCCCCUUCCUAAUUUGAUAUAUUAUGAUGUUUUGAAGCUUUUUAAAGUAAAGAUUGGUAUAUAAUAAUGCAGUAAGCACUUUGUUUUGAGUGCUUUUUCUAUUCCAGUUAUAAGACCCCUGGGAAAGCCCCUGUGUUUAUAGGCCCUUGACUUAAAACCCUUUGUGAAGAUGUACAAGUCCAGGGCUUACUAGUAGCAGUUUUAUAGUACAGUAGUUUAUUUUCACUAGUCUCUAUGAUAAAGAGCACUCAAAGACCUUGCAUCAUUAUUGACCCUAUCAUGUUGUUUUACCCCUUUUUAGCCUCCCAAGCAGACAUUCUGUUGGCAUAGGGAUUUGAUGGAAUUUCGACAAAGUCCUAAAGAAUAUCUGCUUAGGAGUCUACACCUUUUUAUAACUGAUAAUAGGCAGGGUUGUCAAAAGUAGCCGGCUGCCGCCUACUUGGUUAGUAUCGGCCAGCUCCUUUGCUUGGCAUUUAUUUAUGGAUGGUGUUUUUCAAAUAAAAUAUCCCUGGACUGGCUGCUUACUUUGAUUACUCAGCCGUCAGACAUGUAGACAUGUAGGUAGCCCGGGGGGGGGGACUCCCAUAUGAAAGGGCAGGGAUGCUCGUCAUCCCGCUUAGGGUGUAAAUUUCGGAUUGUGGUCUCACUUAGGGUGUUCUGGGCAAAACGAAAUUCUAUGUAACCAUAAAGGUCUCUUGUAGGGUUAAAACAGCGUAUGGUAAAAGUAUUCGAUGGUAAUGUCUUUGCCAUCAGUAAAUGUCACUAGUUUCAUAAUUUGUCUGUGUUUUUUAAAAAAGGUUGGGCCACGCCUCAAUCAGUCUCUUUUGAGGUUUAAUUCCUUCAAAAUUGCCGACGAGGAUCUCAGCCCCUUUCAUAUGGGAGUCACUUCCCUGGGGUACAUACAGUAGGCCAUAAUGUGGUAGGCAUCUUCUAACCUUGAACAGCUGAACAUUUUCAGACAGGAUGAGGGGGUCACUUGAAGACAAAUAGCUUGCUCUUGCAGAUAAUUCCAUAACAAUGCCUGUUUAAUCAUUAUUUUGCAGGGCAGAGAUGGCAGGAUCUAUCCCCAGUGGCUUUAUGACUUCUACUGUGAACAGACGGGUAUUCCAAAGGUAUCUUUAAAUUAUUUUCCUAGAAUGAUCAGCAUUAUUUUGAAUAACAACUCUUUCUAACUUAUUUUUGACCACUGAGUUGUCAUCUCCGUAGGAUGAAAGCUUUCAAAAGAAAAAGAAGAAAAAAGACCAGAAAAAGUUACGGCACAUCUUUUCAAAGUUCCUGCACUACAGGUAAUUACAGUUGAACCUCUAUUAAGCGGUCACCUUUUGAGUGGCCACCCUCUAUUAAGUGGUCAGCAAUCAAAGUCCUGAAAUACCAGUUGUACAAAGGAAUGGGGAAUUAAACUUCUAUUAAGCAGCUACCUCUAUUAAGCGACUGCAGCCACCUUUUUGCCGUCCCAACGAGAAUGUGGUUUCAUUUCCUUUUUCUUGUUGGAUUUAUUUUGCUUUUUAGUGAUUUGGGAAAAGGGAGACUGAGAUUAAAACUGCUUUAAAAACGUUCAAACCAAGAACAAUAAACGUGAAGUACAAUGCGUACAUGCAAGUUAUUUGCCUUUUAAGUUUUACCUAAAAGUAGAAAAAAAGUAAAGCGUCCUUAUUUUGCAUUGGAAGCUUAAGAAAGUGAUCAUCUGACCAACAGGCCGGCUGACACGCAAUCCACUCAUUAUUUUUACCUCCCUCUCUCCAUCAGUGCUCCAUUGUACGGGUACUUAAAGCUACUGUAAAGCUACAUGGAAAUUAUUAAAGGAAGGAAGUGAUAAUAUGGAUUUGGGGUCACAUCUGGGAAUUGAACUUGGGACCUCUUGCACCAGAAGGCUGGGCACUAGCUAACUGUGUCAAUCUUUGGCCCUGUUUUGGAAAUUGAAUUGAUUAUCUUUUGUAGUAUUGUAGUGUAAUGCAUUAAGUGCAUAUUUUUCUUGACAUUAUAUAAGCAUUCAGAACGUAAAUCCAGAUGCUACAGGUGAUUCAAGCUUCACAACGUACCCUGCACCAGGGCCCUCGUGUUUUGCUGCUGAUUCCUCUGGUAGCAGUGCCCAUAGUGAAGGUGUAUCCUUUAGUGACCCGGUGCCUGGUCCUUCUGGCGAGUCAGCUAACAGUGCAGAUUUAUUUGCACCUGAUAUUCAUGAAGUGGAUUCACAGGAAGAACCUUUUCAAUUUCCUCAGGUAACAUGAGAAUUAUCGUCACCAUCAGUAUCAUUAUCAUUGUCAUCGUUAUCAUCAUUCAAAUGAAGAAUGAUCGGAUGAAUUUAGGGUUCUGGGAAACUGCCCACCUACCCCUCCCGUAAGCCAACAUUUUGCCCUAAGUGAGGAGUAGGAGCCUAAAAAAUAUUCAGCACUUCAACGAGAUUUGAACCCGUGACCUCGCGAUACCGGUGCGACGCUCUUACCAACUAAGCUAUGAGGCAACUGAUGUUGGCAGCUGCUUAAUUAUGUGGAGGCUAUAUUACAGUAAGCUUAACACUCAUUAAGAUUCUUACUUUGGUGUUGCUUUUGUGUUAUUAGGUUAAUCGAGACUCGUCUUUCCAGCACAAUGUCUUGUGGCAGUUUGAAGACAUCCAGAUGCUUGUAGGAUCAAAUCUUCCAAUCUUUGGUGGUGGAAAAUACCCCGCAGUUAGUUUAAGACUGAGGUUAGCCUGCAAAAGCGCCUGUCUUUUUACGUAGAGACAUUACCGCAAAUCCUCUAUUAAGCCACCUCCCUCUCUAAUAAGGCUCCAUUUCAGGGGAAGAAAGGUAUUUUCAGCCGCCCCUCGGCCCCUCCCUCCUUAUUCUUCACUACCAAAUUAAUAAUAUAAAAGAUGGACUGAUCUGGAAUGGUUUAUUCAUGAUGGAAGUUCGGAUUUGUUUUGAUCUUUGGUUGCAAGACCGCUAACGUCAUCUGCUUGUGCAUUUCUACUUUGUGUCCUAGUUCUUUAUAGAGAAUUUAUACCAUCUUCUGGUUGUUUGGAAAAACAAGAUGUUACUCCAUUUCGGUAAAUUAAUUAACCCCCCCGUCCAAACGUGCUUGAAAAACAUAAGCCCCCGGGGUUAAACCCCCUUUAGUUAUAGGCCCAUCUACCUUUAAACAAAAAAAUACAUCUGAUUACAAGCCCUUCCUAACUUGCGAGGAAGCUCUCCGGGGCGCUCUAGCGACGUGGCGUGAAAAGGGAAGAGAGCUUGCAACUACUUCUCUGGAACUGGGUUUGAAUUCCACCUCCGAUUCCCCUGUGGUUCCCGGUCGACGGAGAUUUCAGAUUUCUACCACUCAGCGCGAAGCGGAAACGAGUGUGAAUGUAAACGAACAUUGAAAAACACGUGCCAAAAAGGUAAUGACGUCAGUAGUAAUGUUAUCUCCGCCAGUCAGCAUUUCGCAUCGACUUUUUCGAUGCAGAUCAGACGACAAUCGAAUAGCAUUCAUGAUGCAUUUUUACAGAAGCAUCACGCAAUAUCGCAGUCACGGUAGGUUUCAUCGGGAAAUAAGGGUGCUUUCUCGUCGGCUUUUUUCUCGUUUGUGUUCCAGUAAAAGUAAGAUAAUUUUUCUUCGCACAAUUAGUCUUCGCAUCACAAAGUGAGUGUUCAGUGACCCACAACAAGGUCAUGAAUUUUCACGAUUUUUUGGAUUAUAUGAUGAAGUCUUCUAAAUGUGGACCUCACGCCAGCAAAAUGAAGUCCUAGAUAUUGUACAGGCUAAGAAGUACCCAAAAGUACCCACAUUUUGAAGACUUUUUUAUGGAUGCAGAUGUUCAAAUUCCAGAGACGUAGACGGCCGCCACCAGAGCGCCCCAGAGAGCUUGCUCGCAGGCUAGCCCUUCCGAAUAUAUGCCCCCUGAAAUGUAUCGGAAUGAAUUCGAUUUAUCAUGACAUGUUGAAGCUUAGUUAAACACCAGUAAAUGCAAAACGUAUUUUGAUCAAAUAAGCCCCAUCGGUUGUAAACCCCUGAAGCAAUCUUUGUUUUUUGUUUGGGUUCUCUCUCCAAGUCAUUCUCUUCCGGUUGUGGAUUCUAGUAUUUUAUUAUUAUCAUUUUGAAUUGACGAUGUGAUUUUGCCUGCUUAUCAGGGAGUGUGGAAAGCCAAUAAACGUAUUAACAGGGCUGGAUUAUUGGCUGGAUAAUCUGAUGUGUAAUGUUCCAGAAGUGGCUAUGUGUUACCAUUUGGACGGAAUUGUACAAGUAUGUCAUUAAUGCUGUAAUCAGAAAAACAAACCAAAUAUUAAUAGAGCUCAAAAUGUGAGUGUCAGAGGCAUGGUUCCGAGGUCCUUGCUGGCACAGGCCUGUUUUCCCUGGUAUUCCUUAUUAAUUGGCUCUUUACAGCGUAACAGUGCAAAAACACCUUGUUGAGACGUAAAUGAUCCGACGCAGAGGAAAGAAAUAAAAGAAAAUUAAAAGAAAAUUACUUCAGCUGGAAGGAACCCAGGCUAAACUAACUGUUCACUGAAUGCCGUUAUCAUAGAAGGGCAGUUAACAGAACAGUGAUAUUGGUGACAUUUGUGGCCUGAUUUUGUGACGGCACCGGGUCGCUCAUUCAAACUCCCUCGAGAGGGUUUGGGUCGCGCCGACCGUCUGAGAGUCCAAUCAUCCUGGCUAUUGCUUGAACAAAAGUUUUGAUUAACUGCGUUAGCGUAAUACGCCAUUUUACAGUUAUGGAUGGAAGCGAGGCUGACGGUGACCUUGUUUUGCUACAAACCUUCCUGCUUUGUUAUGUAAAUCAAGUUAUUUUUUAUGCUAACUAGUAUUUUUCAAGGACAAUUUCCCUAAAAAAGCAAAUGAGGUUUGUAUCAAAACAAGGUCACCUUCAGCCUCGCAUUCACUCGAGGGCUAGGUUACUAAGUCUACAACCUUAAAAUGGUCUACUAGAAUCUGUAAAAUAUUUGCCAUAAUUUGUUUGCUGCUGAUCGCGUAUUUUAUUCUUGUUUUUAGACAGUUUUUUCUUGGGGAUUGCUUGUUAUCGCUUCAAUAAAUUUAUCUUCAAGAUUUUCACUCCUGGUCUAGGCUGUAAAGACCCCUUGUAGUUCUAAAAUUAAUAAGUCAUUUUGUAAUUCAAAGAAAAACAUUUCCGAGUUAUCUGUCUCUGUUAUCUGUUCUGGUUUCUUUACAUGCAGUACUAUGACCUCUACAAAACAGAAGAGCUUCCAAACUUGGAAGCAAGUAGCUUCUCUCCAAAGGUAACAUUUGUUACUUAUCUUGUGAAUCACUUUUCAUCAGUUGCUUUUUUUACUUAAUGUCCUUCUUUCUUAACCGUCAGCUUUCUAUUCUCCAGGUCCGAUUCCUGAAAGGCCAAUUAGCGCUAAUCCAGGAUUAAAACUUUGUUCCGUUUUUGUAUUUUACCUUCCUAUGCAUUGCUUGGGGUAACAUUUGGUGUUAUCGUUACUGUAUCUGGGAGUAAAGGUUGAAGAGUAUUAACUAAGCUCGAAUUGCAUUUUCUUAGACAAGAAAACCUCACUUAAAAUUUGGCUUAAUCCUGGGUUAAACUUAGCCAUCUUUCGAGGAACCUGGCCCAGGGCGACUAUUCAACAGCAGUCUGACUGUAUUGUGUCUAGAGUGUGAACAAACGCAUAUGUCGAAUACGCCACAUACUUGCUCUUGCCUCAUACCAUGAGUACAGUACACACUAGAAAGGCACCCUUGAGUCAGUGAUUGACUCUGUAUUGUUCGAGCCGCAAGGUUUAUAUCUGCGGACAGGUUUUCGUGCAGUAAACUUGUUCUUUUUCUUUGUCACCAGGUUGUUAAGGAUGUAGCGCAAAACAUCUUGUCGUUCAUGAAGUCGAAUUGCACCAGAGAGGGACACACGUAUUGGCUUUUUAAGGGUGAGUGUGUUGUCUGGUGAUUCCCUCGCUUCACCUCGCGAACCUGACACUUCCUAAACCGAAAAGAGAGUUUCGAAAAAGAAGUUUUAAAUUUAGCGGUGCUAUUCCUUAGAACUAACUCUCGAAUGAAGCAAAACUCGCCGAGUCACUCCCUUCAUUGAAGAAGUGUAUUAGAAUGUACUUGGGUCUAGCCAAGCUGUGUAUCUUUACAGUAGUUAACUUUUUAUCUGUCUUUCUUUUAAGUAAUAUGAGAAGUUAUUGUAAUAGUAGUUUAGUAAUUUAAUAUACGGCUUUUAUAUGUUAGCACGCCCUCCAUGGAAACCAGCCAAACUUUUUUGAGGCUAGCUUGUUUCUCUUUUGAUUUGAAAAUUUUUAAGUCAAGUGCUACCUAUCCACCUUCUUAACCUAAAUGCCCAACUACGUUUGAUGAGUGACUACCUCUCUUAAGAGACCCCUUAUUCAAAACACCAUUGUCGUUGGAAUGCCCUGUGGAUGGCCACAUUUGGCUGAGGAGUGACUGCGACCACUUUUGUGUAGAUAAUUUAGCAGUAUCCAUUGUUUUAAACCUCCUGCGAGCAAACACUUGACGGUUGAUCUGAUUUUCUGCACGGAAAAAGGGGCAACAUUGCUGCAGAGCGAGUUGAAUAGCGAUGUUGAGCGUUUUACGAACCACAUCAACUUGUCUUCGAACAAAUCAUGUUGUUAACAGGUUAAAACGUGGUGGAAGAACACUCAACAUCGCUUUUCAACUCGCUUUGCAGCAACUCGUUUUUUUUUUUUUUUACAACAUGGCUCUGUUCGUAUUAAAACUCAGAAAUUGUCUGCAAUGAAUUAUUUCGGCGUAGAUUUGUUCCCGAUACAGAGCUGUGUAGUCCAACUGUGGUAAACCACGACAAAUUCGUCGCAUUUUGGAUUGAUCGCUUACGGGAAGUUUAACUUUAGGAAGUUUUCUCUGAGAAUCGUGUGUUCGAUUUAUUGCAGCAACGGGGAGCGAUGUGAUCAAGUUAUAUGAUCUGACCUCAAUUUGCCAGCAGGUAUGGCUUUCUAGAAAGCUUGAAUACAGUAGAACCUCGAUAACUCGAACUCGGGUAACUGGAAUUCCCUGCUAACUCGAACUAAAUUUAAUUCCAAUUUCACUGAAAGCUACUCCCGACCGAUAACUCGAAUUCCUUGCUAACUCGAACUGUGUUUCGUGUGCCCUCUGAGUUCGACUUACCGGUAUUCUACUGUACAUGUUAUUCUUGAUGAUUCUUUAUCAUCGAUCAGAGAAGCAGCGUGGCCGAGCGAUUAAAACGCUGGAGGCCCCGAGUUCAAGUCCUGUUAUAAGCGCUAGCUGGAUUUGUUCUCUCUAGUCUUGUGUUCAACUCCUCGGUCAGGCUUUGUAAAUAACCAACUGGGUUGCCUCCGGUCAGUAGGGAUUCUUGAUUCUGUUGUGUUCUUUUAGCUGUUUGCUCAGCCCCUUUAGCCUUUGCGUUAUAAUCCUAUCGAAAGUAAAUAAAGAAAAUAUUUAUUUAUUUUAUUUAUUCUUUUCUUAACACCUUCUCUUCUGCAUUACUUAACUGAUAGAGAACAGACGACAACACAGAGAAUUUGUUUACUGUUCCAGUUGCUAUGCUGUUCUACAGGUUCGUAUGACCCGCUAUCUAUGUCAGUAUUCACUGAAUUCAAUUCAAGAUCCCAGUUAGUGUCAAUAUGUGGUAGGAAAAAAAGUAAACAACGAGCCUCAGAGGUGUUGUUCUUGUCCAUUCUGAAGCCUUAAUAACUGAUAUACACAGCAAAGUGGAACCUGUUGCCUCUUAGCGCUUAGCCAGUUCCAGGCUCUCAGAUAAUAGGGAUGACGUGUAAGUGAAAGGUGCGCGAAAAUAUGGGGGGGGGUGAUCUGGGAAAAGGGGACAGUGGCGGGUAAAAGGAGUGAAGCCGCCCAUCCUCUCCCCAGUUUUCUCCCGUUUUAAUUUCGUGUUCGCGCUUUCUCAUUUUUUUGGACUCGACCGUCUCGCAGCCUGGAACAGGUUACUUAGCGCUCAAAUGUUCAAAGUUUAUUUUUAGUUAAGGUAUUUUUCAUAUCGCCUGGAACGGCAGGUAGAAAACCCAAGUGACAGGUUUCAGGUCGCAAGUCAGGGUAGAGUACAGGUCACCGUGUUACGAUUAAAUAAACAACGCUGAAAGUGUCUGUUAGCCGCAAUCACAGUCCAAAAUAGAGUUUGAGCUUAAAGGGGAAACUGCUUAUCUCAGUUAUUUAUCAGUAGAGCAGUGAACUGCACUUGUUACCUGUGGUCUUUGUUUGAUACCUGCCACGCCUACUCCUAGAACCUUUUUUGUGUCAGUUUCUUUUUUUUUUUUUGCCUUACUUUGAAAAACAUCAACCAUGGCUCUCGACCAAUGGGCACACGUAAAACUGAUCGCUCUAUUUUUGUUAAACAAACACUGACUUAUUAGUUUCAUUUAUCCCUCACCAGAGUUGCGAAGAACAUGAUGAAUCAGUCGCCACUUAGUGCAGGGUAAGUUCGUUAUUUCUGAAAAUGGAUCAUCAGGAACUCAUUGUAAAAAUACGCAGCCUGAGAAAACAGCCGACAUUCCACGACGCUACCACUGGUUUCCCCGCGAAAUGACGUGUGAGAAAGGAGCGCAGAAAUUCCAUACCGAUGACGCGUCACUACCCGGAUGAUCUGGAUAGUGAUGCUGAUUGGUUGAAAAUUUGCUUCAUUCAAUCAAUACGUAGAUCUGCGUGGUGUCGCGUCAUCAGUAUGAAGUUUCUGCGCUCGUUUAUAAGACGUCAUUUAUUUAUUUAUACAGGAACAUCUGGUUGAGCAUGAAGCUAAUUUAAACAGAGUCCUGUAAAAAGAAAAACAACCAAACAAAACGAAGCGAUUAAAACGAUUCAAGAGAUAGCCUGGCGCUUAAAAAGCCGUUUCGCCAAGGACUUGAACGAAUUUACGUCCGUUCCAAAUCUUAUUAUUAGAGGGGAGGAAAUUAUAGGCAUGUGCUCCAUUGAUCCUAAAACUGCCCUGGUAUUUGGUGGUUUUAGCUAAAGGCAGUCGCAACAGGCAUGAUCACGUUGUCUGGUGAAAUGAGAGUGGAUUUGGUGAGCGUGCCUAAAUUCACUUAGCAGAAUUUAGGCGGGGAAAUCAGAGGUGUCGUCAUGAAUUGUAGGCUGUUUUCUCAAGCUAAAAAUAUGAUGCUUUUCCUCUUUUCAGAGAACAAGGGACAGUCCGCCAAUUACUUAGUAACUGCCUACUGCUUUUAGACAGUGAAAGAUUUCCCGAGGUAAGACUUUCUUUUGGUGACCAUGGAAUGAUUUCAUGAUAAAGUAUAAAAACCCGCAAGUAAGAAGUCCAUUAUUAAAGAACCUGUUUAGCCUAAAAUCUGAAACGGGUUUUUAGUUUUUCAUAUCUACAGAACAAUGUACACUCACAAUGUGUACACUCGCCUUUUACUGGAAACCGUUCUUAAAAAAUCGUUUCAAUUUUGUGACUGUUUACAUUGAAUCGACGCUAAUAGAGACCAAAAUUCACUGGUCCACUCGCUUUCAGAUUUUCGCAUCAGCAAGCUACUUGUUAUCAGACCUUUUUUCGCCCGAUGAUGUACACGCUUUGCCUGCCAUCAACACAACUGAACAAGAACAGGGAACAGAAGACGAAGAAAGUUACGAGGCCGACUUUUUAGAUAUUUCUUUUGGCGAUGAUGAGGAAGAUGACACUGCUGUGGCUUCGAAGGUACGAGUUGCUCAUUAUGUUGAAACUCGUGUGUUAAUUAGUACAGUGAAAAAAUUAACUUAAGUUGACUUGGUAGCUUUCCUCUUAGCAUAUUGCAUUUUGCUUUGUUUUUGUUUUUGUUUUCGUCUGUUUGUUUCUUAAUUAUUAAUAAUAUGAAGACUAGCGUACAUAUGUUGCACAAAGUUUUAUGUUAAUGUGCAUUUUCUGUAUGAUAAAAUGUAUAUCUAUAUAAGACAGUUUUUUGUGUACAGUCUGGCUUGCCGCGGUUAGCUCUGCGCUAUUUGCAAGCCAGCCUAAUUGAAGUUGAAUAAUGGUUAAAGGUUAAAGAUUAGUUGCUUUGAAGACUUCCUCCCCGGACUUUUCUAGUUAAAACAUGGAACGGCUGGCCCUUUCCAUUUUUCAGGAAAAGACCCUAGGAAUAGGUUGAUUGGCGUUUUUCAAUCCCGGUGAUGAUCAAAAGGCAACUUUCAAUUUGCAAAAAAAAAACAAAAUCUUUUAGCUUUGAUAUGUGAUUUCCUUUAUUUCCUUUUCAGUCUGUGGAUGUAACAAAGCUAUCUACGCCUGUGACUCAGCAAGAUGACUGGAUUAAGGUUAGAUAGAAGCGCUAUUAGUUGGCUCAUAGUUAAGGGCUUCCGCAAGGAUUCAUUAGGGAGCUUAAGCAACAACGUUUUUGAGCGACGCACGUCAACCGGAAGUGACCGUUUUUCAUUUUUUGACGGUGGUUUCGCGCAAAUUUUCAGUCAAAUCGCCUCUAUAGUAGUAAAGAAGCUAAGGAAUACAAAUUUUAUAUCAUCAAGGCAUGUUAAGAGGGAAAAUACCUCACUUCCGGUUGACGUGCGUCGCUCAAAAACGUCGCUGCUUAAGCUCCCUAUUGGGUUGCAACGACAGCUGCGAAGGCAGCGAAAACGGCUAAAAAAUGAAGUCGCGGUUUUUCAAACGCUGGGCGUUGUCGCGUCUUCUAACGGCACGCUUUUUAGUGGAUUGAUCCUCGCGUUUGAACGACUCUUUCAUAUCGUUAUCCGCAGUUCAAAAUAUGAGUCUUUUUUAUAUAUUCCCAUUCACCUCAUGCAAAAUUGAAUUCCUUGGAGAAGAAAUCUAGGGGACUGCACCCAAGCUUAGAAAGAGUAAGAAAAAUUAAGUAAUCGUUUGAGAAAUGUACAAAAGAAUGUGAUGUAUAUGCAAAGCCUUUGUUUUACUUAACAAUCCUGUUACUUUUUUGAAGUUCUCGUGACCGUUCUUCGUCCUUGAUAAAGCCUCCAGUUGUAGACGAAGAAAGUUCAUUUCCCGGAGGAUAGCUAUCAAUAAGGAAGCUUUGAAACUCAGUAUUCCAAAAUUGUAAUUGCUUCCUAUGAAACAAGGCUUAAAGAUCGGUAACGAAUAGCCUGCGAGCAACACCAGCGCGGUACCCGCGAGCGAGCGACAAAGCCGCAAGGGGCGUCUCCCCUCGCUUGCCACUCGCGCGUGUGCUAUUCGCGAUAUCCCCCAAUUGGAGAGCUUGCUGGCAGGCUAGGUAACGAAAGGUCACUGAAAGGCUGUAGUCGUAGAUGAAAAUACUUUAAAUCAAAUAUAACGCUGUCGAUGGAGAAAAGCUGCGUUGGUGAUUGGUCACUUUGUAGUGGCGAGGAGAUUGGGUCGGUGUGGUGUCGAAUUGCACCAUGGGACUGUUUUGGAGGGGAAAGAGAGAGUUUUCCGCGCAACCUCGUGAUUCAGGGAGCUUUAAUACUCAACCACGACGGCGAUGGCCACGAGAACUCCUAAAACACGUCUAAAAAAUGGUUUAAUGAGAAAAACAACUCUGCACGUUCAGCGCACUUUUUGAUACAUCUUUUUACCGUCACUGCACGACCACGACGUCAAAUUUCCUAUUAGGCCACUUGCACAUCUCCCACAAUGCACCUUGUUUGACCCUAAAAUUUUGCAUAAGCUGUGAAAAACAAAGGUUAUGCAAAAUUUGGGAUGGGGGGUUGGGGGGUAGGGAGCAAAUAAGGUGCAUUAUGGGAAAUGUGCAAGUGUCGUAUUGCAAGUUUUAUGGAAGACGUAAACGCGACACGAGACGACGAUUUUCUUUUACCUUUUCUGAACUUGGAUACGAUCCUUAACAAUAUAAUUCCUGCAUAAUUCGCUUACCUUUGACAAAUUGAACCAAGCAGAAUUAUCGUGAUUAAGUUUGCAACAGCGUGAACUCAAUUUGUAGGUAACGUUUCUGCUGACGUCACCGUCAUAGUGGCGUAGGUUGUUUAUUAUAGAGGCAAUAGCGACCCAAAAACAUUUCCAUAGGGUAAUCCGACAGAACAUCGUCCCACUCAGUCUUUCUUGAAGUACUUUUCUGUGGCAUAGUCUGUUUGGAGGCCUUUUAUAGCUCGGGGCGAGUCACUGAUGUCUUGCCUUGACCCUGUGGUCUUUUCUGUCUCUCCACUCAGGUUUCGAAGCCGUUGCCAUGCAACGUCGAGGAAAGGUGUAAGGUGGCUUUGUCGUAUAUCGUAAAGGUAAGUGUACGUUUCACUGAAGUUUGCAGUUAUCUGAAGAAUCGAAAUCUUAGGUAUGAUGAUCUUUUUCAUUCAAGGGCCUUGCAUGUGUUAAGAAGCAUUUAGUACCAGACAUUGACCCUAGAGAAGACGACCUUGAUAUAAGCACAGAAAGCAGCUCUUCGGGUGAAGGCAUUUCCUCUUCACACCAGUCUCCAUCUUUCAAAAACGUUGAUGCGAAAUCUAGUCCCAGUCCACCUCAUGCAGUGGUGCCUUCUUUGAAGAAUCAGCUACAGCCUUGUAAAGCUAGAGAGACACCGCUGGUCCUUAAAGGGCAAGCUCGUUGGCAAGACAAGACUGCUGGUUUGUUGUUCCGUAAGGCGGGAGCUGUGUACCAUUCAUUAGCGUGUAUGUUUAAUUCAAAUGGAAAAUUCGGCAGAGGUUUGAAGAACUGUAAACUUGCCUUCAAGUGCCUCGAAGCUUCCCGUGUCUUUAUUGCGGAAUCUGACAUAAAAGAAGGUAAAUAAUUAAUACUAAUAGAGGUUAAUAAGUACGUCUAAAGUAAAUACCUAGUUAUCUUCUCUCUGUAAAGAGCUUUUCGAGGAUAAAGGGAAAAAAUGUAAACAAACUGGGAAAUAAAAAUGAAACCUAAUAUUAGUCCUAACUUCCGUCACAGGGAUGUUAUUGCUCGGGCUGUUAAACACACAUGUUCAUGGCACCCUUACGACAACUUUCCCCACAAAGUUCAACUUCAGGAACAUGUUGUGAGGACAGAUUUGCCCUGAAAUUGGUGUUGAACCAAAUUUAAAAGUUUAGGGGUGCACGAAUAGACUUGCCCGGUAACAUCUCUCGCAUCCCUCGAGAGAUAGAGAGACCUAUCUAACGUUGUUUCUUUUCUCGUAUUCUCUGUAGAUGAUCAGUUGAUGAUCGAAAUCUUGUACGUGUGCGGAGAUUCUUACCUGAUGCUAGCGACUUGUCUGGAAAAUCUAGCUGUUCAUCAGGAGGAUUUCCACUUCAGAUCGGAAGAAGACACGUUUAUAUGCGAAGCGGCAGCAGAUUGCAUCUCAAGCGAACAAGGACAUUCUUCAAGCGUUAAAUUCGUGUGUGAUUUGGAGCAAAACAUGCAACAGAGGUAACCAUACAGGUGUCUUAAAGAUGCCAAAAUAUGUAACCGCUGACACUGCUCGCAGUGGCAUUCGUAGUGGUUCAGUUUGAUGUUAGCUCUGACUGAUGAAAAAAGCACAGAAGACGCAUUUUUUGAAGGUUUUGUGGUGUCCAUAUGAAGUUGCUAUACUCACGAUUGACGAAUUCUAGCAGGAAAAUGAACUAGGGUCGGUUCCACUAAAGAUGUUUAAGUUUAGCCCAUAGUUUUCUUCUAGAAACUGGAGCUGAUAAAAGGUUUUGGAGCAUCUUCUGCGUGAUCCAGAGCGCUUUCCGUUUUUGCGGAAAUUUCUACCUGUAUUUUAUUUCACACCAAAAACAGGAAUAAGAUUGAGUUGCACCAUGUACAAAAAACCGGUAAAUUAAAAUGUUACAAAAAAUUUGGGUCGUUAGAGAAAAGCCGGAAAAAAGUAACAUCUCGGAAGGAAUUGCCUUUUUCCGAAAAAUCUCCACCGGGAAGAACCUUUCUAUUAAAAUUCUCACCGGAAAUACCGGGUUUUCCGUACAAAAGGCAAGCACAUGCAGUUGUGAUACCACAAAGUGUACUGGCUUCUUCCUAAUCCCUUCGUUGUCUAUUUUCUCUGGACACUUUAGUGUUAGCCUAUAUGACGCAGCACUUCAACUUUGCACCACAUCGACCAAACUUCCUCUGGUGGUGAACAUCACCAAGCGGCUUGGAAAUGUGAAGAACGAACUGGGCGUGCUCUAUACGAACAAGGCCGCCACCUUAAUAGACAGCGGGGCAGAACCCACGUUACAGGAGAGAGACCUAUGGAAGAAAAGCUUUUCGAAUUUCGAGAGCGGGAUUCGUACCUUUGACGUUAUAGACGACAGGUUAGAAAAAAAUGUUUUCGCUUUUUUCAGCUUCCUUAGUGUUGCUGUAUUUGUUCGGUUACUGGUCGUUUGGAUACAAAGUCGUUUCGUUAUUCAGUCCAAGUGUAGAUAGUUUCUCGUACUUGGCUUAAAGAACGACGAAUGUUCACCGCCAAAUGUUUUUCCUCUUCAAGAGUUGCGCUACUUGAAGUGGUCAAAUAUUUUGUGUUAUUUCACUGCUUGAGUUUGUAUCGAAAUGACUGGUAUCGAAAAGAAUUCACUUGUAUCGAAACGACCGGUUUCUGUUUGUUCUUGUCAGUCUAAAUUCCGUUAACGUGCGGGCAAACUCCAACCUUACAGGAAAGCGAGAUGAGUCCCAGGACUUAACCAUAACUAUUUCUAACAAAAUCACUGCCUAUUAAAGUGACCCUGGUUUCGUAUCCCCGAGUCCAUUUUUUUGCUUCAAGGGGUUUUCCUCUAGCUACUCUUCUCCUUAUAAACACCCCCUUCUGCCUGUCCCUCUCCCCAAAACCGAACAUCGAUCAGAUUUGAUCCGAAUACUUUUCAGUGUUCGUCUGGUAGUAUAAUCUUUGAAUUACCACUUUUCCUGGUUGUAAUAGGCCAUUUCGGAGUUGCCUCAAGCCUCUGUUUCCAAGCGAGGCUAAGUGUGGAGUCAUUGAUAUGAAAAUGAUCCUUUAUUCUCAUGCAAAUAAAACUCAUUUUCACAGCAAAGGUUUUGCACUUAGCCUCGUUUUAAAAAUGAAAAUAAUAUAUGGAACUCGGAAAUAGCCUAUUCUUAUUUUUAGUUUAAUCUCGCACCCUGCGUAGUCGCGAACGACCUUCCGCUGGUCAGGAAAAUGAUCUUAAGAACUCGGGGUACGAGACUGUUUUUUAUUCAAAAAGUUUCGGCGCUUACAUUUCACUUGUUUUCUCUUCCCUCAGUGCAAACAAAGCUCUGCUGCUGUCUAAUUUAGGGCGAUUAAUGCGGAUAUGUGCCCAGGCCGUAGGAGGCGUAGAAUCUAAAAUCACUGGGAGGAGAGGAGAGUUCAGUCAAGAAGAAAGAGGAUAUUUUAACAAGGUUGGUUAACAAAAGUACAUGAAAAUCCCCCAAAAAAUCCACUUUCUUUUUGUAAAAUCCUUACAAAUAUAUAGUACUAUCUGAAAGUUCUGCUCACUGAAGAGGUUUUAUUUGAAUCGCAACACCACAGAAUUUGUACCUUGCGAGCAGUUGUCUCUCAAGGCUGGACGUUACGCUACCAAGGACGAGAAACCACAGCGAGCGAUCGUUUGCUUUUCCAUCGAGCAUGUGCGUCAACGUGACGCCCACGCCAAAACGUCAAAUGACAGCACUUCCUCUUGAUUCCCACGAGAACGUCAAAAAAACAAAAGAAUAGUUUUAACAAGCAAAACAGAAGCUUUGCUCCUGUAUCACACUUUUUUGUACACGUCUUUCCGUUUUUGCUCGACUACGACGUGAAAAUGCCUAAUUUCACGUUUAAUGGCAAACUUAAACAAGCAACAAUGAAAUUUUAUUUCUCUUUUUGAACUUGGAUAAGGUCCCUUAGAAUUCAACUGCAGUUUGGUUCGCCUACAUUUGACAAAGAUUUGACCAAGUAAGUGGGUAGGAAUAAUCGCGAUAAAGACUGAAAGAGCGCAAAUUCACAGCGGGCUCGCGUUAAGAGGCAGCUGUUAUAAGCGUAAGCAAAUGCGCGAGAGCCUUAACCUGUUUUAAAACAGGUUUUACCUUAGAGUCAUUAUUUAUUUAUUUAGUUAGUUAGUUAUAUAUUUAUUCGUUCCAGGCCUUUGAGUUUUACAACAGAGCUCUGCGUUGCCUGGUGGACAGGAAAAAGAACCCGGAAGUCUGGGAUACAGUCACGUGGGAGCUCUCUGGAUCGUAUUUCACUAUGGCUACACUGCUCCAAGACUUUGCUCCUCUCUCUACUUAUGCCCAGGAACAGGUAACUCAUGAACUGCUGUAUCAAUAAAGGACUCAUGGACUUCUGAUAUGCAAUACAUAGCAAGAUUUCAAUUACACCUCGUCUAACAACGGGAGGCUGUUAACCAUGUAGCUUGUUUUAGACCCUCAAAUGUGGGGAGAGGAUCGAAAGUGAAAAAUUGGGAGCAAAACACGGCACUUCAGUUUUCCCUUAUUUAUUUUAUUUUUGUAUUAUCUAUCUCCUAUUUUCUUUCCGUUGUAAAGCAAAGAAAAUACCAGUCGUCAAAUAGUCUAUGAUUUCUCAUGCUAUUUUUUUUAUUAAUAGGUUGAGAAAGAAGUUACCGAGCUGAUGAUGAAAGCUCUUCGUUUGUGUGAAUCCAGUACCUUGGUGAAAAUGUGGCAGACUAGAUCCCAGUCUUCACGCCAGCUCGAUUAUCGCAUGUUCUCUAUACACCACCGUCUGGCGUCUCUGUACCACAAUUCCUACAGAAAUCAGGUGAGAAAAAAAUGUAUGAUUUUUCAUUCCAAAUCUUCCUCUGUUUCUGACUGGCUAAAAUCCCACGCAAAAAUCAUCGUCACCAACUACUGUAGACCAAAUUUGGAAGAAUUUUGCGAUAUGUGAAAAUGACGUCAACUGUGCAGCAAAAGAUGGCGACCAUUGUUAGUGACGUCACAGGCCUCCAGUAGCGCCACCACCCACACAAAAUACCUCAUCUUGUUGAAAAGAUCUAAGGCUUUCCAUUGAAGGUAAAAUCUUUUCAAAAUACUGCAACACAUCAGCAACUCUAGGGUUCCAUCAACCCCCCCACCCCCCUUGUACCACAGUGGGGGUAUGAAUUUGCGCGUACGUCCGAGAGUUAAUUAUUAUAUUUCUUAGUAAGUAUUCGCACUGUGAUUGGUAACUUAAGCUGGCCGUAUAUUUCUCACGGAUCGUAGAUUUAAAGGAUUGUUUCGUUGCAGUUCGUGUCGCAAAAAAAAAAACAACAACAAACAAACAAGCAUUGUCAGUAGUUCGUUUCAUGUAGUUUUCGACUUAAAUGGGUAUGUCUAGUAUAAACGAAAGUUUUUGAUGACUCGAAGCAACGAUCUUAGGCGCUUAUGUUUAGGAUUUGAUGCACGACGAUCAUCAACGGCCGUUCCGCUUGAAUUAAAAUCUUAAAUGUCCUCUCAAUCUCUACUUAAACCCAGCGAUAUAGUAAACAUCUUACUAACCUUUCGUGUAGUGAGGCUUCCCCUUUUGUGGUUGUGUUAGCAAUUCUUCUAGUUAUGCCACAGGAUUUUUACGUGAUUUCCGUACCCCUCAAUACGGGUCUUACUUUAUUCGAAGAAAAUGACCUACCGGGUUGCUACUGAGUAGAGUGAUAAUGGGGCAUACUAAUGCCCCUUCAUUGCAUUUGGAAAACCAGUGCCUUCUUUGGUCUGUACACGUGAUAGGUCUCUCCCCACUAGCUGUCUUCCUGUGUGGAAACUGUGCAUUUGCCCAUUUUUCUCUAACUGGUAAAUGAAAUCCCAGCAAUAAAAAACAAAAAUAACGAUUUAGACGUUUGACCGCGGUGGUGUGAAAUAUAUUCUUCACAACCUUGAAGGAGCAUUUUGGGUUUGGAUAAAGGUACCAAGUAAUCGCUCUAAUUCGGAAUUGACCUAAAACAGCAAUAUCCUCGUGACAUGUAACCCCUUAAGCCCCAAUAUCCACAUACAAAUUCUCCAGACUGAUAAUCAUACAUUUCCUUAAAAAUAAGUUGAGAGGUUUUAAUAAAAGAUCAAAGCAUUUUCGUUUUGGUGAUCAUUUAAUUAAUUUUCGUAACAAUAUCUUUUGAGAACGUAUGGACAUUGUUAGGAGAAAAUUGAUGUAGGUCACUAUUUGUACUUAAAGGUUUGACACAAAAUGAAGGUCAUAUGGAUGCAUCGUCCCCAGGCUUUUUUCUGGGUAAGCCACUGUGAGCGACUGAAAACGAGGCACACUGAUACCGCAUCUUUUUUCCCGUUAGGUCGUUGAUCACUCGAAAAAGAAAGCACGCUCGCUAGCCGAGCUUCAUUACGGCAAGGCCUCGGCGAGUCUAAGAGCCCAAGAGUACCCCUGUGAGUAUAUACGAAUCCACUUGGAGCAAGUCGCCAUGUGCGAAUACCACGUGACAACUUACGGUGGAUCCGCGGCGGUGGUAAGGACUUUACAAACUGCUCUGGAGCAUAUUUUUGCAACGAGAAGAGCUUUGGAAUAUUUAGGGACGUUAAAAGACGAAAUAGGCACUGGUCAAAGUCAGGCCGCAAAGAGAGAAAACAGUGAGGAACGCGAACUCUCGGAAAUAAAUUUUGAUGAGUUGAAAAAGUUGGUUCAGAUCCUGGAAUCGCGGCUUACGAACGUGUUGAAAGAACUUGUAAAGGCAAACACUUUGUCAAAAAAUAAAAGCAAGUCGAGUAAGGACUGGGGCGGGCUGGAGGCGGCUAAGAGAAUGUACUCUGCUGCAUUGAGGAGAAGUGCUACCAGCGCAGAUGAAGAGAUUGUUGAAAAGUGUCUGAGAGUAGCAGAAACACUACAGAAUUUAGAAAAAAUAAAAAGCGAAACCCGGUGAUAUAAAUUGGGGUGUAAACGGCCAAGAGGACGUAUUUUGUUGCCUUGAGAAAAGGGGCUACCUGUAGAGACGAACAGGUCGUUAAAAAUACCUGAAAGUUUAGCGACCGUCGGACAGACCAGAGGACGUAUUCUGAUGCUGUACUUGGAAACUUAUAAGUAGAGAUCAAAGGAAUGCGGACUUUAGAAUUUGUGAAAACAGCAGAAACGUUGUUGGGUCUGCCAGACUCUAAUAACGAAACUCGUGGUUGUCAAAAGACGUGAAAAUAGCUGAGGGACUGUCAGCCUGCGAAUACAGCGAGGAGAGAGCUGUAUUCCCAGGCUAAGGGACUGUAUUCUCAACUGGAAGUUCAAGACGUUUUGCCUUCGGUAUCCUUCGUAUAUUUUCUCUGUUCAGCUUUCACCCUCUGUUGACACCUUUCCAGAGCUGCAAUUAAUUAUUUUAUUUAUUGGAUAUUCGGGACCUCAAGAUCCGAGGACGGUGACGGCCGAAGCACAGACGUUUCUGGACGACGGACGUCAACCGGAAGUGAGGCCUUGUCUCUUUUAAUAUGCCUUGACGCUACCAGAUCUGUAUGGCUAGGUUUCUUUGCUCUAGACGAUUUGCCCAAGAAUUUGUUCAAAAGCACGGCCGAGGAGUGCAAAAAAUCCACUUCCGGUUGACGUUCGUCGCUCAAAAACGUCGUUGCUUAAAUUCCCCAAUCAUCGCCCAAUGUUGCAUAAAAAGAGAGAUCGCGUUUUUUUUUUUUUCAAUCUUCAUCGCGAUUAAUCGACCUCACUUACUUUAUCAAAUGUUGACGAACUCUCCAAGAGUUUAACUCCUAAGAAUCAUAUCUAAUCUCAGAGUUCAGAAUGAGAAGGGGAAUUUUGUCAUGUCUCGUUUACGUAAUUUAUAGCGAUACUCACGCUUACGUCACCCAUUGAUAUUUAUGUACCAACCAGAAGCGCAUUGGUUCUUGAAACGAAAGUUUCUAUUGUGCCACUCGUAACAAAAACGAUGUUUAUAAACAGUGAUGUCUCUUAUAAAACGUGAAAUUAGGUGUUUUUACGUCGCACUGUCGUGCAGUGACGGCAAAGAAUUGUACAAAAAUUUGUGCUGCACGUGCAUCGUCGUCGUCGGAUUUUAAGGUCCCUUAUCUACAGCUCUUCCCACCUUAUAUAAAAUAUCACAAAGAAAAAUACAGGC